GAACGCACGAUAAUCUUGCAAUUUUUGUAUAAGUUUACCUGUUUUUACGGAAGUUUUACGUGCUUUACAAAAUUUCCUGGCAAUCCACGAAAAUGAAGACAGAAACCGGUGCUCAUCAGCAAGUUCCAGAUUCUUCUGGAAUGUGUCGGACGUGCAUGCAAAGUGGCUCACCAUCGGACGCACUGUUGCCACUGAGUGCCGAUCUGGAGGAGGACGCUCCGAUUGUCAGCGUAAUCUGCGAACUGACUGCCAUCCAGAUCGACCCAGAUGAUGGUCUUCCGGAAGGCAUCUGUGGUGGAUGUGUCGAAGAGAUGAAGCGUUUCGUAGCGUUCAUUAAGAAAGUAAGAAUUUCCGACCGGAAGCUAAGGCAGAUGUUCAAAAGUGCUGGUGCCAGUGGGACGGAAGCUGCGCUGGUGAAAAUAAAAAUCGAGAAUAACUUCUGUAAGGAGGAGUUGGUGGUGGAUGAUAAGCUUGAGGAAGUGUUGGAAGAGGUGGUGGUCGAGGAAGAGUAUCUGGAUUUGGACGAUGGCGUGGAGUGGAAGCUGGAACAGCGUUCCGAAGACGAACCGACCCAAAGCACUUUUGAGGUGACGGCGGAGACUAGUUCGGAGGUCGAAUUUAUUGGUUUCGAUGAGGCAGAGGAGGAACCCAGUGCCGAGGCUAUUCCUGAUCUUACGACGAGGGGAACCAAAAGGAAACGAAAACCUUACAGAUCUAAAGAUGAACCGGGCAUUGACUACAGUGUUCUGGACGAGAUCGAACAGGAAACAUAUACGACGAUGGAAUUGUCCGAGAAUGACCAUCUAUGCUGCGCGUGCUAUCAGGUCUUUGAAACUGCGGAGGAGUUGAAGGAUCAUUGUGAAGAACAUAACAAGAAAACCAGAUUGAACAUUAUGAAACCGAACGUAUGCGAAAUCUGCUUCCGAAGGUAUACUAAUUCGCAAGGUCUGGACAUGCACAGGAAGCAAUCCCAGAAGACGACCAAAAUUUACGAAUGCAUUCGAUGCAAGGCACGUUUCAUUAAUUCCAAAACCCGUCGACAGCACGCUCACAAUCAUCCCCAGACGGAGGUGAUUCAAUCGUCCGUGAUUGCACCGAUUCGGAUUCAGGCGAACUAUCGGUCGGGGAGAAUUUGCUGUGCUCAGGGUUGUGGUGAAGCUUUCCGCACGGACGAGGAGCUUAUUGAGCACGCUCACGAAGCUCAUCGCUUGAAUAAGUUCGCCGCAAACCUACCGGAGUACCAGGAUAAGCCGUUUGAAUGCCCGGUUUGCUUCAAAAGAUUUUACGCUCAGAAGACGCUCAUGAAGCACCAGAAGAGAAAGUACAAGAAUCCUUUCCGACAGUGUUCCAUCUGCGGAGCCAAGGUUCACAGUGCCGUUGCGCUGGCUGCCCACGAACGAAUGCACAUAGGUGAAAAGCCCUUCCAGUGUAGCACGUGUGACAAAUUUUUCGUCAGCGCCGCUCUGCUGAAGGCACACUCCAUCGUCCAUCGCAAGGAUAAACCGUUCAUCUGUCCGGUUUGCGGAAGGGGCUUUCAACGGAAGGCCACACUACAGAAACACGAGUUGAUCCAUGCGGGAGUGCUGGCAUUCGAGUGCGAGGUUUGUGCGAAACCAUUCCGCACAAAGCCGAGACUGGAAUUGCACAUGAGAAGUCAUACCGGAGUUAAACCGUACCCCUGCAGGUACUGCGAUAAAUCGUUUGCGGAUCACAGCAACCGCCAGCGGCACGAAAUGGGACAUACGGGCAUCAAGCCUUACAAGUGCUCACAGUGCGAUAAAACGUUCAUCACAAAGCGUCUGCAGGCGGAACAUGAAACGACCAAUCACGCCAUCGCAACGGUUUACACCUGUAAUCAGUGUCUGGAAUCGUUUACCAACAGAGCUUCGCUGAAUAAGCACAUAGCACUACACGACGAGUAAAUGGAUCAUUUUUUUUUUUGUAAUUUUAUCUUCAGUAGUCGUAAGUUGGGUUACCUAGCAGAACAUUGAUAGACCUUGCUAUUUGUUUUAGAUA